UGGAGUAUUAAGACGUGGAGCGUUGCAGCUCUUUGUUACGCAUAAUUACCCUCUUCAUACACUCAAUCCCCAUGAUUCCCAGAGCCUCAUUUGCAUCUACUUGACCACGACACGCCAGUCUGGCCAACUUUGUCAAAAGCAAAGAAUUUUUUUCUGAAAACUGUGGGUGUUAUUCCGUCAUGCCUCCAAAAGGUGUGAGCAAGGGAGUGAAUAAGAAGUGUCCCGAGUGUAAGAAGCAGGUACCAGUGGCUACAAAACAUUGCCAUUGUGGUCACCAGUUCUUUGAAGAGCGACGCAGAUCAACUACAUCAAACACUUCAGAAGUAGAAGAAUUAGAGGACAGUACACUUAGGGAUAUGAAACCCACUCGUGGUGUAGCCACAUCCAGCUCCGUUAGUGGACUGAUGGCCAUGGCGUCAUCUGUAGGGAAGGGAGACUUGGGGUCACCAGCACCCGAGGGCAAGAGGCGCAGUGAACGAGUCAAAAGAGAAAAGCCAAAUUUUUAUGAUGCAUUGGAGUAUGAUAAUCAGAUGAGGAAGGCACGGAAAGAGAGACAAAAGGAGGAACCACCAAACCCAACUGGAAGGGUUAAACGGGAACGGAAAGUCAAGAACAACUCAGAGCCGGUUAGUGUUGCAAUAUACCGGUACAACAAGGAUGAGGAUGAAGAUGACGAACCAGUGAAAGAGAAAAAGAAAAAGAAGAAGAAGAAGAACAAUAACAAUGGUGAGAAGAAAGAAGAAGAAGUGGAUGAGGACAUUAUGACAGGUAUAAGUGUUGAGAAGGAAAGGCAAUAUUCUAUUGUUCUUUCAGAUAUCAAUUUCAAGCUUGGCUUAAAUAACCCAAAAUUUAUCAAGAUAUAAAGUUAGCAUUAUGAAAUUGCCAUAGAUGUUUCAACAUUAUUUCAUUCAUAAUAAAUAAAAACAAGUUUAAACAGGAUUGAGAAGUGUAAAAAUACAUAGCUUUCUUGUUGGAUAAUUUAGGAAAUUUUUCCUUUCACUAAUAUGGAUGUCUGCAUAAAAUUCUUUGAUGGUGUGUUUAGUGUGAUUGUUACAGCUGGUCUCCGAACGUUAACCUUUGUCUCGUACCUGCGGUGGUUCUGGGGGUUAAUCUUCUGGCAGCCAUGACUGGCCUGGUCUCCUGGCUGACGUCUAAUCAGUAAACUUGUGUGUUUUUUUGCAGUACAGCACUAGCACUCCAACCUGGCUAAUCAUGGAUGGUUUACAUAAAUGUAUCAGUUUCUAAAGACAUUUUGGGAUCAGCCAUAAGCAUAAGUACCACAUUACUGUACUGAAAUGUUUUGUCUGAGCUUACCUGUUCUCAUGCCACCUGUUAGUCAUUCUCUCCAGUUGCCCAGACCAUCACUACAUUAUCCAUAAUAUUACCUUAUAAACACUUCUUAUUAUUAUAUAAAUCUACUUCAGCCUCACAUUUAUUUUAUUGUUUCAUAUUAGAGAGAAGAGAGAAUCAUCAUAUUAAAGUGAGAUGAGGUUUUUUUUUUUUGGGGGGGGGAGCUUUUCUAGUCUUGGGCUUUGGAGAGAAGAGACAAACUUCAAACGUGUUACAUAUCAGAAUCCAAGUGUAGUGUGAAUGUGGCAUUCAGCUGUAACUGAGAGUCGAGUAACUGCUUUUGUUCCUUACUUACUGUUGUUGUUGGCAUCGGUGAAAACCGCAUUGCACUGCUGACAAUUCAUUAUACUGAUAAACCAACACAAUUUUAGUGCUGGGUUUAGAGCCCAAAUUUAAUUUAAGAAAUACAUUAAUUGCAAACACUAUCCUUGUUAGGUAUAUUAAAAUCCUUGUCAGGUAUAUUAAAUUAAAACAAAAUCAACACUAAUGGCUGUGAUAAACUAAAGCACAUUACAUCACGUAUUUGCCAAGUUUACCAGUGAGCUUUGACACAAAACUGUUUUGUCAUAAAGCUUGAUAUAGGCAUGUUUGUGAAGGGACUCCUCAUUAAUCAUGGUAUAGGCGACAUCCUCCAAGACAUUGAUGACCAAUUUGUUUUGGAUUGUAAGGCACAACACAAAUUUUAUAAUAAGUAUUAUAAAGGUAGCAUUUGUAAAGAUAAUAGACAAUACAGAAGAAAUAAUUAAGGGAUGAAGCUAUGGUAUCUGACUUUAAUGCAUUAAAAUAUUAAGAUAUUUUACAAAUGCAGACUAUGUAUUUGAUGACAUUACAGUUUGGUAAACUAGGAAUGAGGUUAACUACAGCAACAUUAUAGUGAUAAUCCACUCAGUUCAACUCAUCAACUAUACAAAUAUGCAUAUAAAUGCCAAAUGUAAUCACGUGUUUAGAAGCAUUGAAUAUUGGAAGCGCUCAUUAGAACAUUGCAUUUUGAAUGGUGAUAAAAUGUGGUGAAGUAUAUAGUGAGAUUUUGUAUAUAUUUAAGCCUAUUUAUAUUUUGUAUAUUUAGGCCUAGUUAAAUUUUAUACAUGUUUAUGCCUAGAUUGGUUUUGUACAUAUUUAAGCCUAGUUGGAUUUUGUACAUAUUUAGGCUUAGGUAGAUUUAAGCUAUGCAUAAUUUUGAAACAUGUUCUAAAUACCUUUAUGGUUUGACCCUUGCCACACAUUGGAAAAACAGGUUGCAAUAUUCUGUGUAAAAAGACAAGUAAUUUAAUGGUGAAGAAUAUAAAAGUUAAUGACAUGUGAAACAUAGCAUGCACUUAGUCCACCUUAAUAGUUCUCUUUAACCACUGCACUGCUCUUCAUUAAAAUAUGACAAACUCUUAGUGUGCAGAAAAUAAAUUCUUUUCAAAAAUUUUUCUCUUCUUAUAUUGUUAAGAUGUAGUCUCUAAUCAUGGGAAACUAAAAAAGAUAAAAUUGUAGGAUACUUUAGCCGUGAUGGAGCUGGGAAGUUAUGGGCGCUGAGCGAUGGAGCGCUCAAGGUCACUAGGGCCCCGCCACCCCAUGGGGCGGCAGUUGCCAUGAACAUAAUGUUCACAAUUAUUUUGAUGUUUCUCAUUUGUUUCUUCUCUGGUUUUUGCUGUGAUAUUAUUCAAAAGAGAGUAAUUUGGGGAGUUUAUAUAGUUCAAUGUGUGGAAUAUCGUUAUGCUGAAAAUUAUGGAGCUCAUAUAUGUGACGUGUAUAUUAUAUUCUAUGAUCAAUCAAACUGUGUUUUUGCUGUUAUUACACUAUAUGCACAUAUUGUAUAUGCCUAUCUACAUGUGUGUUCACCAUAACGAACCAUCAAGUUGGUAUAGUGAGCCCAAAACAACAAGAGUGGCCGUGACACAGCAGCCAGCAGUCUGCUGGCUGACUGCCUCCAACCUUCAACACCCACUGACAAACAUUUUGCCUCCCACCAUACUGUUAUUGUUUUUAUUACACUAUUUACAAAUGUUAUA